AUGACUGAUGGUGCUGGAAUUUGGGAAGUGCCCAACCAAAAACAAAAACCCCCCAAGGUCACUGAGGCCCACAGAGAGCUUCAGAUGAAGUUUGAGGCUCCUCACAGCCAGGCUGGACAAGCAGAGCGGACCUGGGAGCCCCCUCCCCAGGCACCUGGCCGCCCCCCACCCAGCACAGGCCCAAGCCCGGCCUCCCCCUUACCUGAAGCCUCUCCCCGGGGCUGGGCCGGGCUGGGCCGGGGCUCGGCCGCCCCUCCCGCCCGCAGUGGAGGCCCAGUAAGCGCCUCGUCGGACCACGCAACCCGGGCGGGAGCGGCCUCGGCUCCGGGCUGGGCUCCGGGCGGGCAGCGCGACGAUUCCGCCGCCCGCCGCCGCCGCCGCCGAGGAGCCCUCCCAGCUGCGCCCGCCUCCCUGCUCCGCGCGGGGGCGGCCGGGGCGGGAGGAGGGGUGGGGGGCCGCGGGGCGCGAGCCGGGCUGGGCCGCCGCCGGGCCGCGAGCAAGAGCGGGGCACGGAGGCUGGAGCCCUGCGGCUCAGAGCGGGCGGCCAACGGCUCAGACUCUCCGCGCCGGGGAGCGGGGCGCGGGGCGCGGGGAGCGAGCGCGGAGGGGGAGGGGAACAGGGAGGGGGGAGGGGGCCGGACCAGCCAGGCGCAAAUGAGCUCGCGAGGCCCGCGGCGGCGGUGGCGGCGGCGGCUCCUGCCGCACAGCGCAGCCAAACAAACCCGGCGCAGAGCGGAGCAGAGCGGCGCAGAGGCACAGCCGAGCCCAGCCAGCGCCCCGGGGGGUGGGAGGGGGGACUUUUCUCCGUGCUCCUUCGCCAACAUCCCCUGUGAAAUGGCAAGAUACCCUGAGAGGCUGGAGGUGGAAGCUCCAGAUGAGUUAAGGGACCUCACUCCCUUCCCUCAGAGGCCAUGGGGAAAGCCCAUGGCCCAGACCUCUAAACCUCAUGAAAUAGCAGCAGUCCCCAAACCACCGGCUUUGCCCAGCCCCAUCAGCCCCUACUGA